AUGGAUGGGACACAAUAUUUUGCUGAAAAUUUAUGGGAAGUCAAUCCAGGUAAAAACUUGGUUAAGGAGCCAAUUUAUACUGUUGAUAGUGACGAACUUGAGGCUGAAAGUGAAGACGUUCAAUGUGAUGUGAAUGAAGAUAGUGUCAAUGUUGAAGAUGGAGUGAAUGUGAUUCCCUCUUCAAGUAGUGGUCCGUUAGAGCCAUUCAUUGGUAUGGUUUUUGAGGAGGUCGAAGACGCCCAAGCAUUUUACAAGGCAUAUGCAAGGCGACAAGGAUUCGCAAUCCGGACGAAUCAUACUCGAUUGUCGAAAGAUGAUAAAACUCUUUGUGCAGUAGAUUAUGUUUGCACGAGGGAAGGAUUUCGGCGAGUGAGUCGGAAAGACACAGAUCGAAUAGUCCCUGAACCCGCUGAGACAAAGAUUGGAUGUAAGGCAAUAAUGGGAAUAAAGAAAGAUGGUGAAAAGUGGAUAGUCACCAAAUUUGUAGUUGGACAUAAUCAUAUUCUGCUUACAACGAGAAGUACUAGUUUCCUUCGUGGACAUAGGGGAGUUACUAAAGUCCAAAAAAAUCUCAUUAUGACUUUGAAUGAGUCCGGCGUACCGACAAUGAAGAUAAUGUCGGUGUUGAGUAAAGAUGCAGGUGGUGAAUUUAAUGUCGGUUGUAUUGGUAAGGAUGUAGAAAAUUACCUGGGAACCAAAAGGAGAAAAAUAUUUGAAGAGGGGGAUGCACAAAGAUUAUAUUCAUACUUUCUUGAUCGACAACUCAGAGAACCUGGGUUUGUGUUCUCCAUGCAAGUUGACAAGGAUGGGUGUAUAGGAAGUUGUUUUUGGGCUGAUGCGAGAUCAAGAGCUGCAUACCAAUAUUUUGGGGAUGUUGUUACAUUUGAUGCCACUUACCUGACCAAUAUUUAUAAGUUGCCAUUUAUUCCAUUUUCUGGAGUUAACCAUCAUCAUCAGACCAUAAUGUUUGGUUGUGCUUUGUUGAUUAAUGAAACGGCAGAAUCAUAUACAUGGUUAUUGAGAAUAUGGCAAGAAGCAAUGCUUGGGCGUGCUCCUUCAACGAUAAUUACCGAUGAUGACAAGGCGAUGGCUAAGGCAAUUAUAGAGCUACUCCCAAAUACAACUCAUAGGUUGUGUUUGUGGCACAUUUUACAAAAGUUUCCCGAACACUUGGCUCAUGUAUACAAUAAAUUUCCUGACUUUCAGAAAGAUUUUCAUCAUUUCAUACAUGAGACAAUUACUACUGAUGAGUUCGAGCAAGAAUGGGCUUUGAUUGUGGUGAAGUAUGAGCUAGGAGAAAAUACUUGGCUGCAAAAUCUGUACAGCAGAUGGGAUAUGUGGGUACCGGCCUACUUGCGUUCGAUAUUCUGUGCCGGUAUGUCAACAACUCAGAGGAGUGAAAGCAUGAACAAAUUUUUCAAAGACUAUGUUCGUUCAAGCACUCUGGUUAGUGACUUUGUGCAUCAGUAUGAGAAAGCUAUAGAUGCACGUUACUUUAAAGAGAAAGAGAAAGAUGUGCGGACAAAAUCCACGCGGGCGAUAAUGAAGACACCUUUUAAAAUUGAAGAGGAGGCGGCAACUAUUUAUACAAGAAAGUCUUUCAUGAUUUUCCAAGAUGAGCUGUUUAAUAGUCUACGGUACCAAGCAAAAAAAUUGUAUGUUAGUGGUGAGGUGAAGACAUAUGGAGUGACAGUCCAUGGCAAAGAAACACCUCUUUACCAUGUGACGUUAUCGGGUGAUGAAUGA